AUAUGUUCGAUGUCCGGCCCGGGUCCAAGGAAACCCUUGGAUUCGUGGUUGUGUCCCCUCAUCAGGGCCGUGCAUUUCUCUCUGGUCUUCCUCCUUCCAACAUGGAGUGGAAGGACAAAUACGUUUCUGUCAAAUCCCCCCCCCCCCGGAUGCUUUCCCCUUUGCCCAAAAUGGCUAGGGGAAAAAGAUGAAAGUCCAGGUCAAACCCAUGGAGACUGAUGACCUGGCCGCCUGUGAAGCCACUCUCCGGGCCGGGGAUGCCUCCACCCGCGGCUCUUACAACGUCGGGAAGUGGGGGGUUUACCCCGGCCGGGAGACUGACCCCGAGCCGGAAAUCAUUCUGGCUGAGGCGAUCCCAGACGCCAUCCCCAUCUGCCGGGUGAAAGGGUCCAAAGCCCCGGCUUCUACCGCCGCCGCUUCCUCACGCUGGGGGAAGAAGAAGGAGAAAGUGGUGAAGUUCAAUUCAAAGUUUGCCACCCCCCAGAUUGUCAAUGAGGAGGAGCCUUCCACUGCCCAGCCCCUCAGUCAGCCCUCCAGCCACCUGCUCUCACUGGAUGAGCAACCGGCCCAGUCGCAUCAGGGCACCAGCCAGCCCAUUCACUCUGGGAAGAUCUUCAUUAAUGUAGAUACCCUGGAGUUCGACAACAUGCUGAUGGAGACCGUCCAUACGUCAGAGGCCGGUCAGGGAGGACAACAAGCUGAAGGGGGCCGCGACGAAGAGGAGGCUGCUGAGGAGGCCCUUCAAAGGAAGAGGCGGAGGACAGAGGUUGUGGACCAGCCGGCCCAGUCCUCCGACGCCGGCAAAGGGCUUGGCGAGCCCCGGUCUUUUGCCAUGAUGGUCCAGUCGGACGAGGAGCUCUACCAGGCCUUUUGCUCCGAUCUACAAGAGGUCGGCCAGAUUGGCCAGGAGUAUUUCACCCGGCUGGUGAAAUCCAAGGAGGAGGAGAAAGCCCGGCUGGAGGGCAUGAUGGUGGCCUGCCGAAAGGAUGUCCAGGCUGCCCAUCUAAAGGCGGAGAAGGCCGAGGAGAAGCUCCUGGAGCAUUGCGCAGCCUUCCGCAAGCUCUAUGCCAAGCACGAAGGGCUGCUGAAGGUCGCGAAAGAGGCCGAUGCUCAAGCCCAGGACAAGAUCCAAAGGCUUGAGGCCGAGAAAGCCGGGCUGCAGGAAGAAGCCGCCCAAUCAGCUGAAGAGAUUGCCCGAUUAGGGGACGAGCUGGAGAAGGAGCGCGCUGAACGGGCUUCACUCGCUACUACUUGGGCGGUUCAAGAGCCGGAGCAGUUUGCCACCCGGGCGAUCACAGACUGGGAGAUUGCCAUCCGGUUCUUCUAGGGGCUCUAUGAGCACAAGACAUCGGCCAAGGUUAUCGAUGAGAUCGCGACCUUCGGCUUCGAAAGUGGCCAGUAUGACGAACGGUAGGCGCUAUAUGGCAUUCUUCAGCGGCGGAUUCAGGGUUUCGAACCCAAGGCUUUUUCUCUGCCCGAGCUGCACGAUGAGGCACCGGUCGCGCCCUUCGGAUCGGAGGAAUAUGAGCUCCUGGCCCUUCUUUUCCUCUUUUUUUUUUUAUUUCAAUAUGUAAUGACCAGCCUUCGGGCAGGUUUUGUAAAAUAUUUUGGUAUCAAUGAAAGUUCUAUUUUGCU